AUGAGGCCCCCGCCCCUUCCUCUCGUCACCAGGUUCCAAGUUGGUGAACUCGAAGAGGAAGACCUCAAGGAUAGCCUGCACGAAAAGGCGGACACGUGUCUCACGGUCAGUCCAGGCCAAUCGACUACUUCUACCUUUUGUCCAUCUCCAUCGCCGGGGAAGCAGCGGGACCAGACCAACAUUUCGACAGAAGGCACUGGGGCUUCAGAGUAUUUGUCAAGCCAACCAGAAGAUCUCCCGCCUACCGAGGAGAUCAUCGGAGUUGAAGACAAGGAACAUAUCAUGCAGACAGAGCCCGAGAGUCACUCAGACGAAGAGCCGGGGCGAGAGGGUCCAGCACCGUCUAUCGAAAGUGUAGAAGAGCUUGCAUCAACUGCGAAAGGCCCAGAAGGAUGCCAUACGUCUGAACAAGAUGCAGAUACUGCGGUUGAAGCUCUCUCCUCUGCGGUGUCAAUACCACCAACGCAGGACUUGCCGCAUGGCACAACUCCGUCUCCAUCAGACUGGCUGACAAAGAAGCGAAAGUUCGUGCACAAUGAAGAGACCGACCUUCAGGUCGACAACUCGUACGGUCAGCUUCGAACAGCACAGCGAGACGUAGUCGGUGACACAAUCGAGGUCUGGACUAGGUCAAGGCGCAAGGCAACCAUGUUGGCACACAAGUCUCCAUCCCCGGUCGCUCCAACAAAGACGACGUCGCCCGCAACAUUUUCGAGGUCACAGACUCAGGAUCCUGACGAAAUGGGUUCAGGUCGUCGAGGUGCCCAAGACAAAAGCCCACCACAGUCAACAGUGGGGCCUCCUGCUCGAGAGGAUGUCGGCCGGGUACCGGUGGUAGUAUUCAGCAAUACGAAUAUCCAGGAGAACAAGACUAUAAUGAGAUCCUUUGCAUCUCUUGGAGGCCGCGUCACCACCUCGAUCAAUAAAGCGACGAUACUUGUUGUAGGAGACGGGCCUCUGAAAAAGACCGGAAAGUUGAUAAUGGCAGUCUCAAUUGGACUUGACGUGGCCACAGAACAAUGGAUCGUAGAAACAGUUAACAAAGGACAAACCCAAAACAUUCGUCAGUUUCUUCCCAAGGAUCCCUCUCGAGAGCAGCAGUGGGGCUUCAAUCUAGGGCAAGCGAUAGACCGGGGAAAACGUGGACUCACACAUUUACUCGCCGGUACGACUGUCUUUUUCACGAAACAACUCAAAAGAGAGCUUGGCAGCCUUGACCGAGAGAUAUCUCAGAUUGCGACUAUUUUGGGUGCCGAGGCGGUGAAACACCGAUUGCCGGCUCUCAAGAACAAGGGGCAGUACAAAGAAAAAGAGCUUCUAAUAAUAGGAGCUCCGCAAGAUCCUCAGGGUGCGCACGCCGGCCGUCUGGGACAAAAGUUGUUCAGCAAGGAUAUCCUCACGAUGGGCGCGUUGAGGGGAGAGAUUGACAGGGAGUCUAGCGAAUCCAUCCUCGAAGUACCUGUCAAGGACGAGGAGAACAACUGA